AUGGCUAGCAACGACCGUGACGACGCUCAGGCGGCUGAUAACAAUCCGAUUGAGCCUAUCGUUAAGGCUCUCCAGGAUAUACUUACACAUUCCACGUACGCGUGCGGCGGCUCUCUCAACAGCCCGGAUGACGCCAACAUCCGCCCUAGCUCGGCGAUCACCAUCCGCUGGGACUCUGCAAGCGCCAUCGAAAAAAUAAUCCUACCUCUCCAAGUCGGCAGUAAGGGUGAAGUGGACGAUUCACUCGCGAAGCUCCUCGAAGGCACUGAGCCUGCUGGAUUCGGAUACAAGGGCAAGGACAUCAUCGACGAGUCGUAUCGCAAGGCCUCCAAGCUCGACACCUCUGCCUUCUCCACCAACUUCUGUCCCUAUGAGACCGGCAUCAUCGAUGUUGUUGCGCAAGCGUUACUUCCACUGUCUCCGGAUCAGUCACAGGGUGUUCGAGCAGAGCUCUACAAGUUGAAUGUAUACGGAGUACCGUCAGGUCUGUUCAAGCCACACGUCGAUACGCCACGUUCCGAGAUGCAAUUCGGCUCACUCGUCGUCUGUCUGCCGUGCGCUCACGAAGGAGGCCAGCUCGUUGUCCGCCACAAAGGCCAUACCACUACGUUCGAUUGGUCUGGCGACGCCAACGUUGCAAAAUGGGCAGCUUUCUACAGCGACUGUGAGCAUGAGGUCCUCGAAGUCACUGCGGGUCAUCGCAUAACCCUUACAUACAACCUCUUCGUGCGCCGAGGUCUUGGCGAGCUUGCAGGACACGCCGACGCGCUGGAUUUCAAACAGCUGCCGCUCUAUCGCGAGGUGGCGAACGCUUUGAACAGUCCGGAAUUCAUGGCCAAAGGCGGUUACCUCGGAAAGUACUGCGAUCAUGCAUAUGCUCACGCCACCAAGGAGGGCUCGAAGGCUCUACCUGCCCUACUCAAAGGCUCAGAUUUUAUGGCAUAUGAGGUAUUUCGCUCGCUGGGCAUCAAGACGCGCGUUCGUCCCGUACUUUUGACUUCGGGAGAAGACGAAGAAGACGAAGAAGACGAAGAAGACGAAGAAGACGACAGGUCGGAGAACCGUACCGAUGAAGAUGACGACCAAAAGCACCUACAAUUCGCGCGUAUCGGCAAGAAGCUCUCAGCCCCCGUCAUGUCAAGUGUUGGUGGCGACGAGGAUGACACUUGGAGCGAGAUCUACGCCCAGUACCCCCACGACAGACUUCAUGUCCGAUGGUUGAAUCGUCAUACUACAACUAAUCUGCAGUUUGGCUUCCUCGCAUACGGCAAUAUGGCAGACAUCAACUACUCCUACAGCUCAUGUGCUCUCAUCUUCGAGAUACCUGCUUACAACGAGCGGUGCAAGCACUUAGUCGCACUCUCACUGCGAACCGCGAAUAUGGCUUCUCGUAAGGAUGCUACCGGCGACGUCGCUUGCAAGAAGACCAAGGGCUUGAAGAAUCACAAGAGGGCGCAGAAAGAGAAGGCGCUGGCGAAGCGCACCGCCGCCGCCGAGAAGACUACCGCAAACAGGGCCUCGUACGCGCCGAUCGCUACCAUCAUUAUCAACAAGACUGCACCUGUAGGAGGAGACAUUAUUGGAACUGCAGGAUCGGCGCCCAUGGUAAAGGUUUCUGCGCCGGCUAUCGUGGAGUCAUCUGAUCAUUCUCGACAUGAUUCGGCUACUGACGAGACGGUCCUCACCAACAUCGUCGCUCUUACUGGAUCGCACACUACCAACGGUACCAAGACCGCUCCGCCGCAACCGCACUUCUGCACACAUUUGCCCGUGGUUGUAUUCGAAGACGUCCUUACUGGCUCCAAGAACAACUCUCCAACUAGGGUAGCCAGCGACCAAACCAAACUCGAGCAAGAGCCCACCAGUAUAUCUUAUCCCAAGACCGCUCCCUCUCCUCCAACACCCAACAUCUUACAACCCAGCAUUGCCCCUUCUUCUCCAAAGUCCAACACCACACAAACCAGCAUGCUCAACCCCACCGCCCCAGCAUUCCUCUUCGGAAAGAUCAUAGUCGCCCAAACCCCACCCGCCAUCCAGAUCACCCUCACAAAGGAAGACCCCGCACCGGGAUGGCUUACCGAAAACGCAAAAGCGUUUGAAAAGGCAUAUGGUGUUGCCGCCCUGCGCAAGGCUCUAGAAGCAGCGCUGUACGAGAAUAUGGAGACGCCGCGCCAGAGGCUGAUUCGCUGCAAGUACAGGGUUUCUGUUGACGCCGAGUUCCAUCAGGAGGAGCCGGUGCAUGAUUUGGAGUGCGCGUUGGCACUCAUCGGCAAGCCAGUUCGCAAGUGUUUCGACGACAACGGCUUUGUGAUCACGCCGAUCAAGACUGGACUGACUGAAGCUGAUUUGACGGCCCCAUCAGCUCUCGACGAGUUAUUCGCAAAAGUCAAAGCCCAAGGUAUCUUCAAGAUCAGCGCUCCCAUCUCCACGGGUUACAAAUCCCCCAUCCCUGGUGCCCCAUCAACAAAGCCGCCAAUUCCAUCUCGCACCCUAUCGUCCAUCGAGGCAGAAAUGCGUCUCGCCGCUCCAAAACGCCCUUCCCACGCACCCUCGUUCGCAGACCCCGGUAUCGUAAAGUACACCUUCCACGGCCAGGAUUUCGACAACGUCGGCAACCCGCUCACGGAAACCGUGAGCCAAAAGGUACUCGGUUGGCUUGAAGACCAGCCAACGGAUCCACCGGAACUUUCACCGGGUUCUUCGCGGCAGCAGAGUCGCGAGUCGUCGCCGCUUGAGCCUGAGAAGGGAGUUGUGGCUUUGCCGUUUUGUUCAAAGUCUGAGUCUGAGGGAGGACAGGUUUGGCCUGCGCGGGAGAGCUUGCCUUGGGGGGAUGGGCAAGAUGGGUAUACGCAUGGUUCGGGUGUUCCGGUGUACCCGUAUGUUGCUUCUGUCGUGAGGGUUUCUGAUGGACGUCCUGGUUCAGGCGGAGAGCCUGAGUAG